CAGCAGUGAGUUGACUUGAUAGUUUGCAGCCUUCGUCAAAUGUGACCUAUUUGAAUGUGAUGACGUCACGCCGUUAAUCUUUAAUUUCCGAGCACGCUGUGCGCAAUAACAGUCAGUCGCACCGGUUUGAAGCAGCUGGAUUUGAAGUUCCCCCCUUAGAAGUCUGGAUCUGCCGCUGAAAUGGGGUCCAACGGAGACCUCAACGCGAACUCACAGUGUCUUAGUGCUACUGGCGACCCGGUGCUGGACAAAGCGGUCAGUCAGUGGAUGACCUGGGAUAAGAAUCCUCUGACGCGGGAACAAAUCGAGUCUUUGGUGCAAGAGGGUCGUGUGGUGGAGCUCAGGAGGAGAUUGUGCUCCAGGAUGACGUUUGGAACCGCUGGAUUAAGAGCCGCGAUGGGAGCAGGGUUUGCUCGCAUUAAUGACCUGACUAUCAUUCAGUCUACACAGGGAUUGUACAAAUACUUGGCCAAAUGUUUCCCUGACCUGAAAACGAGAGGGCUGGUGGUUGGUUAUGACACUCGUGCCCAAGCAAGCAGUGGCUGCACCAGUGAACGACUUGCAAAGUUGACUGCCGCUGUUAUGCUUUGUAAAGAUGUUCCUGUCUAUCUGUUCUCUACGUAUGUGCCUACCCCAUUUGUGCCGUAUGCUGUGAUGAAGUAUGGAGCUGCAGCUGGAGUCAUGAUCACUGCUUCUCAUAACAGAAAAGAGGACAAUGGAUACAAGGUUUAUUGGCACAAUGGCGCACAGAUAGCCUCGCCGCAUGAUAAGGAGAUCUUACAUUGCAUUGAGGAGAGUGCUGAACCCUGGGCUGAGUCCUGGAAUGAGGACCUGGUUGAGAACAGCCUGCUAAAGCGAGACCCACUGGAGGACGUCUGCCACUGGUACAUGGAAGAGCUAAACACUCUCUGCUUCCACAGAGAACUUAACGCAAAGUCUCCUCUGAAGUUUGUCCAUUCAUCAUUCCAUGGUGUGGGUCACAACUAUGUCCAGAGGGCUUUUCAGCAGUUUGGUUUCCCGCCGCCAAUUCCUGUCCCAGAGCAGAAAGAUCCAGAUCCAGAUUUUUCCACAGUCAGCUGUCCUAACCCAGAGGAAGGAGAGUCAGUCUUAGAGCUUUCUCUUCGUUUGGCUGAAAGAGAAAAAGCCCGUAUUGUUGUAGCCACAGACCCUGAUGCAGAUCGCUUGGCUGUUGCAGAGCAGAAUGAUAAUUGCGGAUGGAAAGUGUUCACAGGGAAUGAAUUGGCAGCAUUGCUUGGCUGGUGGAUGUUGUUUAACUGGAAGGAAGCACACCCUGACCCAGCAGACACUGAGAGAGUGUAUAUGCUGGCCACCACUGUCUCAUCCAAAAUACUCGAGGCCUUUGCACGCAUCGAGGGCUUCCAUUUUGAGGAAACAUUGCCUGGCUUUAAAUGGAUUGGAAACAGAAUCCAUGAACUAAAAAAAGCAGGAAAGGAAGUAAUUUUUUCCUUCGAAGAAUCCAUUGGGUUUUUGUGUGGGAACAUGGUCCUUGAUAAGGAUGGAGUCAGUACAGCAGCUGUUGUGGCUGAAAUGGCGUCUUAUCUACACACCAAAAACCUUUCCUUGAACCAACAACUAUGUAACAUCUACGAAAUAUACGGGUAUCACAUUUCUCGAACGUCCUAUGUCCUCUGCAAUGACCCACCCACUAUUCAUAGAAUUUUUAGUCGCCUACGCAACUUUGGAGGCCAGGGUGUGUAUCCAACGUCAUGUGGCGAUUACUGCAUCACACACAUCCGAGAUGUGACCACUGGUUACGACAGCAGUCAGCCUGACAAGAAAUGUGUCCUUCCAUUGUCAAAAAGUAGCCAAAUGCUCACCUUCACGUUUCAGAAUGGCAUCGUUGCCACACUUAGGACCAGUGGAACCGAGCCAAAGAUCAAGUAUUACACAGAAUUCUGCGCAUCACCAGGAGAACGUGAUAUCUCUAGCCUGGACGAGGAGUUAAGAAAAGUUGCAGCUGCCCUGGUUGAAGAGUUUCUUGAACCGGACAAGAACGAUCUCCUUGGCAGAUCAGUAUAGCUUUAUUUGUCAUGGGCAACUCCAGUAAAAACCUGUCCCAAAGACCUGUCAGCAAACCGUCCUGUGAAUGUUGUUUUAGCACUGUGAAAUUAGAAUCACAAUCAACUCAUGGCUCUCAAAAAGAAAUGAAAACUGAUCAUUCAUUUGGUGGAUUAUAUAUGGCAAGAAAUAUUGCCGUCAUCUUUUUCUUUUCUUUUUUAUUGUUAUUUAUUUAUCACAGUGAAACAAGUUUAUCCCAGCAAGGAAAAUCUCCAAUGCUUUUAUUUCAGUUCAGUACCCGAUGCUGCAUUAUUACUAUCAAUUCUGUUUUAUUAGGCCCGCCAGAUCACUCAUUUGUAGAAAUUAUUUUAACCCCUUGUCUGUUUCUCAGAUGUGUAGCUGAGAGCUACUGCUGCUAAAUUUUAAAGCUCUGUGAGCAUGUAUGCGUGUUGUGCUCUCAUAAACCUGUGUCCAUAUUCUAAAAAAAAAAGACUCUUAUAUGUUUUGAUGCUUGUACUCUUUAUGUAGUGUGUAAUAUGCAUUGAUAAUCAGGAGUCAAGAUGGGCAGCAUCCUGUUGGUCCCUUUAAGUUUUGCUGGCUUUGAUAUGCUGGAUACGCACAGGGUAAGUUAAUGAAUGGAAGAGAGAAUGGACGUUUUGUUUUCGAAGCUUCUGAUUUUUGCUGUACAUAGCUUAAUAGGCAUAUUUGAAUUUGUGUGGGUUAUAUAUACACAUCCUUCAAGUUUCAGUUAAUUGUAAGCGGCAUUCAGGUUAAGCAAGGCGUUUCACUCUACUGAUAAAUAAAGACCAGAAGGAUUUUGAUCCUAAACAAGAACUUAUAAGAUCAUUUAGAAAAGAGAGGCUCAUCAAACUGUUUGAAAGAAGCCAGUUAUUUUGCCAGUUUCUUCACUAAAAAAAUAUAAAUAAAUAAAAAUUAAGUUUGUCAUUGUCUUAACAAUGACUUUGUGCCAUUUAAUAACCUUCUUGCGAUUUUAUUGUGGCACUAAGUGCAUUUCAAACAUCCUCAGUGCAUUGUUGAUUCAAGAUUUAUUCAAUGAAAUGAAAUGUGCAGUAUAUUAUUGUUUUGAAGAGUGAUACAUUGGCAUUUUACCCUUUCACUGGUCGAAAGGCUCAAAUACAGCGUACCUUAUUUUUGAGGAAGUUAUGAGAAAACCAAAGGAAGAGAUGUUUUGUAGAGUGUAACAUGUACCAGUUUCUUUUUUUGCCUUGUUUCAAGUACACUAUUUAUUUGCAGUGCAACUGUGACAUUCCUUAAAUGUAUAUUAUGUGUACAUCCCUCUACAAAUAAAUUGCUGUAUUAGU